AUGCCGUGGCGGGACUUUUGGUGUGCUGGUUCGCUGCCCUCUCUUUGGAAGAGCAAGCCCGGCAAGUCCGUUUGCUGGCAAGGUGUCAGCCACAGGCUGUUGGUAAAGCUGCUGCGGCAAAGCGCCGAACUGACUCCCCGACGGCUUUUGGCCCUUCGGCUGGCAUGCGAUCUACCUGUACCACAGGUCCUGCUUCGACAGGACGUGACCGUGCUGUCUGAUACGCUGAGACUACCAGCGAGCGAAAAAGCCUCGGAGGUCUCCAUUCAGCUGGAGUGGCUCGUUCCCCAAAGUGCUUCUGGCAGCAGAAAGCGCAGCGCCUCAUUUAAAUGGCUGCCCGGCUUUGGCUGCACGGAUGUUGGUGGCCGAUGCCCACGCGACUUCAAGCGUGUGGUGCUCUACUUGCACGGCGGCGCCUACGUGCUAUGCACUGCCAAGUCCUUGCGGGGCAUCACGUUCAAUGUCGCUGCCGCCCUACAGGCGGCGCUUUGCGCACCUGAUUUCAGGCGGCCGCCGGAACAUCCGAUUCCCGGGCCGAUGGAGGAUGCCAUAGCGGUGUACCGGCACCUGCUUGAGACCAUGCCUGGAACGGAUAUCAUCCUGGCUGGGGACUCUGCAGGCGGAGGAAUCGCAGCAGCGAUGAUGCACAAGCUUCAGGAGCUGGAGUUGCCUCCUCCGACUUGCUGCAUCCUCAUCUCUCCCUGGACGGACCUCGGCCACGAUGGGAUGCGGAACGCGACGCUCUCCAACGAGGACCGCGACUUCCUGCCCCCGGACCUGGUGGAGUUUUGCGCUUCGAUGACUCGCGGAGAUCUGCCCCACAACGAUUGGCAGCACUCGCCAGUUUUUGCACCAGGUCCGCUGGACAAGAUCCCUCCUGUUCUCGUCGUUUACGGCGAGGACGAGCUGUUGGCCGGGCAGAUUGCUCAUUUUGGCAGUGUUUGGCGACAGAAGGGUGCAAGUGUCACUCUCGUGCCCGUUCGAGGCGGGGUGCAUGCGCCAUUGCUACUACAUCAUGUUUGGGAGCCUGCAGUUGAUGCUUUCAGAGUGACUAGGCAGUAUGGCCUGCUCUCAUAUGCCAAGUCUGUAACAAAGCCGAAGCACAUCCCUACCCACAGCAUGGUCCCUUCGUUGCCCGGCGGGGCCUUGGUGUGGGGUUUCUUGCCAAUGGCGACUAUGGCAUUCUGGGCUGUCACCUUGUACAGUCACGGCCCACGAAGAGACCCGACCAUGCAGUCCACCGAAGAUGUCAACAGCGCAUUAUCCCGUCUCCUGCCGGAGCUGAACCGACAGAUCCACAGUGACAUCAAAGACAGUGCCGGGGACUGCGAGGCGCUGUGGGACUAUCGGACGACCAUCGGGGAAGUGCUGUUCUCCAGUCCGCUCUCAGAGAUCUACAGGAGUUGCGAGGGAAGUAGCCGGCUCGCACACAUCACGACGGACAGGGGAGGAGUGGAUACAGACAUUGCCGUUCUGUGGGCCACCGGUCUCAAGUCCCUGGAGCUCGUAGAUGCAUUGGUCACACCGCCGGCUGACAUAUCCGCACCAAGCCAGCAGUGGGCGCUUACGUUGACGGCAAUGUUCAGCAAUCUGCAUAUCUACACCAAAGUCCUCGUCAAUGACAAGGAGUGGCUGAGCGACUACAUUUGCUGCGACAAGACUCUGCACUUCACAGUGAAGGCAAGUGCCGAGUGUCAUGCGGGCAUUGGCUUUAGCGCUAUUCAACUCGAGCUUGUGAACAUGGACAAGAUCGACUUCGUGCAGAAAAAGCAGAUGGUGCUGGAUUCAGGUGCACAUGCAUCGUUCGAGCUGGACUAUGGCACAUCCGAAACCGUGGAGAAAGCGGUUGCUAACUUCAUCUCGCUCAAGGCAGGUGCGUUGCUGAUGAGAAACUCCGAUGGAUCGACCACGGACACGCUGCAGACAGUCAGCGAGGCCAUGUCCGAAAGAUCGUCAAGUUCCACGGUCGUCCCAUGGUCUUGUGUUGAAAGGACUUCAAGCUUGGCUGCUGUAGGCAGACGCGUGUGCCAGUGUAAUCCUGCGCACUGA